CUCCAUACACUCCCAUCUGGCUUUUCGCUCCACACUAUCCGUACCUCGACACGCAAGUGGAUACACGGUUCCUUUGCCAUCCCUGAAAGCGGACGAGAACCACAAGCCCAGACCCAAGCCAUCUUCACCCGAUCUCAAAGAAUCAACCCGCCGUCUUCUCAAUUCUUUAAAACCAUGAAGGAUCCCGUCCAGAGAACCUCUUCUCCCUACACCGAUCCAGCAGUAAAGGGCCCAAAGUCACAAAUUCUUCACGAAGGAACCCACGCAGAUUUACGCAAGAUGAUCGCUAGCAACGUCAACAAGACCCCUCUCCACCCUAGUGGUGUUGCUCCUCACCAUGAGCACACCGAGCUUGAGGAGGAGCUUCACGAGACCGCGCACAUUGACUAUGACCGAGUCGCCAUUAUCCCUAACGCCUCCGUUGCCGCCCUCUACGAAGACGCUCUCGUAUACGAGACUGGCUCUGCUAUCACAUCAAGUGGUGCGCUAACUGCCUACUCUGGAAAGAAGACUGGACGCUCGCCUCUCGACAAGCGAAUCGUCGAGGAGGACAGCUCCAAGGACGACAUUUGGUGGGGUCCUGUCAACAAGCCCAUGUCACCCGAGGUUUGGAAGAUCAACCGCGAGCGUGCCAUCGAUUAUCUGAACACGAGAAAUCGCAUCUACGUCGUGGAUGGUUAUGCUGGAUGGGAUGAGAAGUACCGCAUCCGCGUCCGUGUAAUCUGUGCCCGCGCCUACCAUGCACUGUUCAUGAGAAACAUGCUCAUCCGCCCUCCUCGUGAGGAGCUCGAGCACUUCCACCCCGAUUACACCAUCUACAAUGCUGGCUCUUUCCCUGCCAACAGGUACACUGAGGGCAUGACCUCCGGCACCUCGGUCGCUAUCAACUUCGCUCAGAAGGAGAUGGUCAUCCUUGGUACCGAGUACGCUGGCGAGAUGAAGAAGGGUGUCUUCACCGUCCUCUUCUACGAGAUGCCCAUUAAGCAUAACGUUCUCACUCUGCAUUCCUCCGCCAACGAGGGUAAGAACGGCGACGUCACUCUCUUCUUCGGCUUGUCCGGCACCGGCAAGACCACCCUUUCGGCCGACCCUCAGCGUGCCCUGAUUGGCGACGACGAGCACUGCUGGAGUGACCGCGGCGUCUUCAACAUUGAGGGCGGCUGCUACGCUAAGACCAUUGGCCUGUCGGCCGAAAAGGAGCCUGAUAUCUUUGGUGCCAUUCGCUUCGGCUCCGUUCUUGAGAACGUUGUCUUUGAUCCCGAGACUCGCAUCGUCGACUACGAUGACUCAACCCUUACGGAAAACACCCGAUGCGCCUACCCAAUUGAGUACAUCAGCAAUGCGAAGAUUCCCUGCCGCUCCGACUCGCACCCCACCAACAUUGUGUUGCUCACCUGCGAUGCUCGUGGUGUCCUACCUCCCAUUUCCAAGCUGGACCGCGCCCAAACUAUGUUCCACUUCAUAUCGGGUUACACCUCCAAGAUGGCCGGCACUGAGGACGGUGUCACCGAGCCUCAGGCCACUUUCUCCUCGUGCUUCGCCCAGCCUUUCCUCGCUCUGCACCCCAUGCGUUACGCCAAGAUGCUCGCUGAUAAGAUCGAGCACCACAAUGCCAACGCUUGGCUUCUGAACACGGGCUGGGUUGGUGCUGGCGCCUCCCAGGGCGGCAAACGCUGCCCGCUUAAGUACACCCGCGCCAUUCUCGAUGCCAUCCAUUCCGGUGAGCUGGCAAAGGUUGAGUACGAGACGUAUGACACCUUCAACCUUCAGGUCCCCAAGACCUGUCCCGGCGUUCCCAGUGAGUUGCUUAACCCCAAGGCCGCUUGGACUGCGGGCAACGACAGCUUUGAGACCGAAGUUAAGAAGCUCGGCACCCUCUUCAACGAGAACUUUAAGAAGUACGCGAGCGAGGCGACCGAGGAGGUCGUCAAGGCUGGUCCCGUUGUCUAAACUAAAGUUUCGAACCAAGUGCAUGCUGCUGUGCGAGCGUAAAGCGUCGUUAUUUGUGGGUUUAUGAUUAUCAUAUCUAAUCAUUUCUUUGGGUCUUUUUUUGGGAAAUGGGUUAUGUCGACAUCGUUCGACAUGAACAUGAUGCCGCGUGGGACUGCGGCAGUUUUGGGAUUCUGUUGUUUUUCUGUUGUAUAAACACAGGAGUUUGAUCAGUUUUUGGACUUAUCUUAUAGAUUGAAAAUGAAAAUAAGUUUUACGUCAUUCAUAGUGUCCCCUCCCCUGCGGGCCCGUCAUUUAAAUCUCUAUCUUUCUAAG